AUGAAGGAAUUUCACUCAAGCAAAAACUCAUUAAGUUUCAACAUGUCUGAGCGGGAACCAAUAAGUGGUUCAAGCCGUGACUACGGCUCGACCGCAGCGCCUCCCACCGUCGGUUUCGCCGAUUUCAGUCCAACAGAGUUGUACAAUUUGAGUGAAGGCAUCGCAGACAAUGUCAACGCUAUUAAUAGUGGACUCCGAACGUUGGAAAAAAUGAUGAAACAAAUUGGAGGCCCCAACGACAGUGUACAACUUAGAGAUAGAAUCCACGACACGCAGCAGAGCGUGAACCGCUCGGUCUCGUCGACGGCGCGCGACAUCCAACGGCUGGGUGUGGUGGUGAGGAGAGGCGAUAAGCCGCAGAAGCUGCAGGUGGAGAGGCUCACGCAGGCCUUCAGGGACGCCCUGGCCAACUACUCUGCGGUGCAGAAGCAAGUAUCGGAGAAGAUGGCGGCGCACAUGCCAUCGAAACCGCGCGUGAGGAACGACCCUCAGGCGAUGGAAGAGCAGGCGAUCGCUGAUGAUGAAGAGGCGACACUGCUGGCGAACCAACAGGCGCAGGCCCGCCUGGUGCAGUUCGAAACCAGCAUGCUGCUGGAGAAGGAGGCGUACAUGAACAAAAUCGAAGCGGACGUUCUAGACGUAAACCAGAUAAUGCAGGAGUUGGCUGACAUGGUCAGCGCUCAAGCCCAGACAGUCGACACCGUGGAAAGCCACAUUGAAGCGGCCGGCUCUAGUGUUGAGGCUGGCGUGGAUGAGCUAGCCAAAGCUGCCGAGUACCAAAGGAGAUAUAGGAGGAAGAUGUUCAUAUUCAUACUGAUUGGUAUAAUCAUAGGCAUCAUAUUGAUUGUGUGGAUAGUCAAAGCCUUCAGA